AUGAUCGGCCCGCCGCACCCCGGCGUGCCCCUCGCGUACGGCACGGCCGGCUUCCGCGCUCGGGCCGACCUCCUCGACUCCACAUUCUUCCGGAUGGGUGCGCUCGCGGUGCUGCGCUCGCGCUCGCGUGGUGGCCUGGCCGUCGGCCUCAUGGUGACCGCAUCGCACAACGCGGAGCCCGACAACGGGAUCAAGCUCGUCGACCCGGACGGAGGCAUGCUCGACGUUUCGUGGGAGCCGCACGCGUCUGCGGUCGCAAAUGCGGCGGACGCAGACCUGGCGGCGGCGCUCGACGCGGUUGCCGACGCGGUGGGCGUGGUGUCGGCGGGCGGCGGGCGCGUCCUGGUGGCGCGCGACACGCGGCCGCACUCGGAGCGGCUCAGCGCCCUCGCGCUCGACGGGGUGAGCCACCUCGGCGGCGCUGGUGAGGACUUUGGCCUCCUGACGACGCCGCAGCUGCACCACAUCGUCCGUCACGCAAACGGCGGCGCCGCCGGCGGGGCGCACGUGGGGCCGGCCGCGUGGGCGAGCGAGGGCGGGUACGCCGAGAUGCUCUGCACCGCCUUCGCCGCCCUCCUCCCGCCAGACCUCGGUGGCGGGGGACUGCGCGCGCCUCUCACCGUCGACUGCGCGUGCGGCGUCGGAGGCCCGCAGCUCGCGCCGAUCGCGCAGCGGCUCGCGCCUCUGCUGCCGCUGGAGCUGAUCAACCGGCCGGGCGAGGGCGAGCUCAACGCGGGCUGCGGCGCCGAGUUUGUCCAAAAGGGCCGCCUCCCUCCCCGCGGUCUCGACACGCCGCCGCCCACCACCUCCGCCGAUAGCGGCGGCGGCGGCGGCGGCGGCGGUUCGCGGCUGUGCUCCCUUGACGGGGACGCCGACCGCGUCGACCUCGCGGCCGCCCACUCGAGAGGCCGCGCAUUCGUCCGCCCCUCGGGGACCGAAGACGUUGUGCGAGUGUACGCCGAGGCGGCCACGCAGCAGGCGGCGGAUGAGCUUGCCAGGAAGGUUGGGCAGGCGACGUGGCGGCUCGCGGGUGGGGUGGGUGAGCAGCCUUGA